CGAGGCCGGGGAGCCUGCGCUUAUCGCUACCCAAACAGGUAAUCUACCCGAUUCGGCAACGCUAGACGAGAUCUCUGCCGUCAUUCCUGCAGAACGGAGUAGUUCUGCCCCGGACGGACUUGUCUUCUCCAUUUCCUAUCGUCGCAAUCCGUGGAGUCCAGACACUGACACUCACACUGAAACUGACACCCUCACUCUCCCAUCCAUGUCGUCGUCAUCCCAACGGCCAACUUGCCAACAUCCAACAUUGUCAGUCAAUAUCACACCACCAUGACGUCCACGCCAACGCCAACACCAGCUGCCCCUGAUACUAGUACAACUAGUACUACUCCUACUGGGAAUAGUGCCAGCGCCAAUCGCCAUGGCCAUGGCCACGUACCGCGCAAACGCACCCGCACGGGUUGCUUGAAUUGCAGUCGUCGACGACGGAAAUGUGACGAAGCUAAGCCCACAUGUACGGGAUGCAAGCGUCGCGGCGACAAAUGCCAAUGGCGUAUGUUGGGGUCGUUUCGGGAUGCGAAUCUGAAGGUCCUGGGGCCGGAGCAUCCGUCUAUGAAUCAGGGUGGUGGUGCGGGUGGUGGUUCUGGGGUUGGGAAUGGUGGGAGGGGUGCGAGGCAGAGUAAAUUCAAGAUUUUGAACGUGGUCCCUUCGGCAUCCUCGUCGGCAUCCCGACGGAGGAAGCAUGGCGGCCCCGGUUCGGCCUCAGGGUCGGGUCAGCUUCAGGCUGAAAAGGAGGCUGUAGAUGCGAGUACACCGUUGGCGUCGCCACGUGUAGAGACCCCUGCUCCGGCCCCGGUUCCGGUUCAGACUCAGGUCCAGGGUCCGGUACAUCAUUCAGUGCAUACGCAGAUGCAUUCACCUCUGUCACAUCCUCACCCUCACCCACAUCCCGACUUCAACUGCCCCAGUCAAGCGCCUUCGCCGUCUCUCUCCAGCGGCAUCUCAUACCACCCAUCAUCACUCCGACCUUUCGACCCUCACUCGCCAUCCGACACCAUCCCCCUCGACGACGCCCCUGCACCGACCACCCAGCACCAGCCCUAUCUCCACUCCAGCCCGGAAUACGUCGUCGACGAACUCGGCGCCCUCCGUCACCUCCCCCACGGCGCGGCAGGCCAUUCAUUCGCGGCAUCCUCAGGCCCGGAUCCCUAUCCGACCAUCGCGUCGCCGCUCUUCGACCACAACGUCUUCUCGGACCCUGCGAACUUUAACAACGAUGUCUUCCUGCCUGGCUCGGCGUAUGAGGCGCUGCAUACCGCGCUGCGCAAUCGCCAGCUGUGGACCGCUCGACCAGAUAUUCCGAGUCGGGGCGGCUCGCCGGAUGGGUUUGGCGGCGUGGCUGCGUCCGCGGACCAGAUGAUGGAUGAUGUGCGUUCUGGUCCGGGUCACGGUCCGGGUCACGGUCCAGGUCGGUAUUUUGCGUUAUCGCCGGAGAGGGAGAACGUCUUGUGGCAGAAUUAUUUGAAUGAGAUUUGUCUGUGGCUCGACAUGUUCGACAACCACCGCCACUUCGCAUCCACAUUUCCCCAAAUGGCCAAAUCAGCUACCCACCUCCGCUACUCCAUCCUGGCCCUCUCAGCGCGCCAGAUCGAACGCAAACAGAACGAGAAAUCCCAGUCCGAGAGCCUCUCGCUGUAUCAGGAAGCCAUUCACUUGCUGCUGCCGGAGCUGGAAAGUAAAUCGACGCCGGUGAUCGCGUCGUGUGUAAUUCUUUGCGUGUUGGAAAUGUUAAGUUGCAACCCCAAAGAAUGGCGACGACAUCUAGACGGCUGCGCGUAUCUUAUUCAAGCGGCUGAGAUUAACGGGUUCUCAGGGAAAGAGGAACAGGCGCUUUUUUGGUGUUUUGCGAGGAUGGACGUCUGCGGUGGCCUCAUCUCCGAGGAAGAAACCAUCAUCCCCAUGAGCCACUGGAUCCCCAAGAACAUGGACCCACGAGAAGCCAGCGCCCUAUUCCUUUCGUCAUCGGAUGUCUGCACGUUCGACACGUACGCGAACUACACUGUGUAUUUGUGUGCGCAGACGCUGGGCGUGCUGUUCGGUGCGUCAUCGUCGACGCGUACAUCCACGGCGGCGGCGUCGUCUGCAUCUUGUGUCUCGUGUCAGUACCUAGGUGGUAGUCCGCGGGAUGAUUCCGGGGAAGAGUCGUAUCCAGUGCGGUGGAAACGGCUGUUUGAUUGCGUGGAGGAGUGGUACGAGAAGAGGCCGUGUCAGAUGAAGAGUAUUUUUAGUGUCGCGGCGGGGGGUACCCUAGGUGGUGGUGGUGGUUGGGGGAGAGGUGGUCGAGAUAGGGGGAGAGGGGAGAGGGAGAGGCCCUUUCCGACGGUGUUGUAUGGGAAUGGGUCGGCUAUUUCGGGAAACCAGCUGUACCAUGUGUGUGCGCUGCUCUUAUUACAACGGAAGCCGAAGACACUGGCGUUGGCGAAGAGGCCGAAAUCCCCCCUCUGGCACGCCCGCCAAAUCUGCGCCAUCUCGGCAUCAAACACACACCAUGGCUGCUGGACAAACGCCCUCCAAGCGCUCUGGGUAGCCGGAAAAGCCAUGUCGCAUUACUCCGAACACGCCGCGAUCGUGGACACAUUGACGCGCAUCGAGCGCGAGACGGGAUGGGCGACGGCGUGGCGGGUAGAAGAUUUGAAGGAGUUUUGGGGUGAUGAUGAUGUUGAUGGGGAUUGGGGGUUUGAGGAUUGA